AGUAGAUUGUUUAGUCCACCCACAUACGAGUUUUCCUCAUUCAAUUGGAGUUUUGACGUUGUUUAUAUGUGGCUUGCCAAGCCCAUUUUGCAUUUCUGAUAAUGGCUCUCACGUUUAGAGUACCAAACGUCUCCGCCUUCCUUCUAAAAUCCUCUCAAUCCCCAGCAUACCCAUAUCCUAAACGAGCGAAAAUGUCCCUAAAUGUCCGCUCCAAUGCCUCUCUCUCUGCCUCAGCUGGAAGUACUAAUAGAAGGCUUCCUAUACUGCUCUUUGACAUCAUGGACACCCUUGUUCGCGAUCCUUUUUACCACGACGUUCCUGCCUUCUUCGGAAUGUCAUUGAAGGAACUUAUAGAAUGCAAGCACCCGACUGCAUGGAUUGAGUUUGAGAAGGGGAUGAUUGAUGAGGUGGAGCUUUCCAGAAUAUUUUUUAAAGAUGGCAGAUCUUUCGAUUUAGAAGGUCUGAAAAAUUGUAUGAGAAGGGGAUAUUCCUACAUUGAAGGUGUUGAAGAAUUGCUUCACACUUUAAAACAAAGCAAAUAUGAAAUUCACGCUUUCACAAACUACCCAAUCUGGUACAAAAUGAUUGAGGACAAGUUAAAAGUUUCAAGAUAUUUGUCAUGGACAUUUUGUUCAUGUAUAAAUGGAAAGAGGAAGCCUGAUCCUGAUUUCUAUUUGGAUGUUUUGAGCCAGCUUGAAGUUAAUUCGGAAAACUGUAUCUUCAUCGAUGAUAGGUUGAAAAAUGUAGAAGCCGCUGCGGAAGUCGGCAUUGUUGGUCUACAUUUCAAGAACACAAAUUUACUGCUUCAAGAUCUCUCUUCGAUGGGAAUUGACAUCUCAGUAGAAGAAAAUCACCGUCAGGACUAGCCCAAGCUUGUAAAGGAACACACCUGAUUUCUCAGUACUCAUGAUUCUAAUAACUUGAUUCGUUACAUUAGUUUUGGUUUUUUAUAGACUAUAUAGGGUACAGGUAAUCUAUGAAGAGAUGAGAAUAACGAGUAAUUAUACUUGUGAAAUGAUAGGAUGCAAAUCCUUCAAUACAUUCCUACCAUCAUUUACACGUCAUGCAAAGAAAUGUUAUGCCUUUUCAAAAAAU